AUGCCACCAAGAAGGUCAAGAAGCUCCGCAUCAACAGACAACACCCCAAGAAGGUCAUCCAGAAGAGGUGGAUCAGUUGAACCUCAAGUUGAUACUGAAUUGGACCAACCAUUAGAUAUAAAAGAACAAGAAGAUGAAGAAUAUCAAGAAGAAAUAAAAGAUGAUGAUGAAGAUGAUGAACCAUAUUCAGGUGACGACGAAGAUGCAGAGGCACCAAGAUCAAGGCAAAGAAGUAGAUCACAAAGAAGCACUUCAAGAUCCAAAAGAGUACGUACGCCUGCUCAAGAAUUAGAAGAUGGUGAUGAUGAAGAAGAAGGUGAAGAUGAGGAAUUAGACGAAGAAUUGGAAGAAGAUGACGAAGAGAAUAACAAGAGACAAAAAACAAAUUCAGGAACGAGUACACCUUCAAGACCAAUACGCCGUGGUCCAGGUAGAGGUCGUAAAGGACCAAUGUCAUUACAAACACCACCACCACCACCAGAAGAUUUAAAACCUCUUGAAAUGAAAGAUGAUGAAUAUAUCGUGACAGAUGAUGAAGAAGGUGAAGAAAAAAUUACACCUUUAGGUGAAUUAAAAGAUGGAAGACAAUUCAGAGUACGCUCUUUUACAGUUAAGGGUAAAGGUGAUAGACUUUAUAUGCUUUCAACAGAACCUGCAAGAUGUAUGGGAUUUAGAGAUUCUUACUUAUUAUUUCAAAAACACAGACGUCUUUAUAAAGUUGUGUUAACACCAGAAGAAAAAUUUGAUUUGAUUAAUCGUGAAAUAAUCCCACAUUCAUAUAAAGGUAGAGUGAUAGGUCUGGUUACAGCUAAAAGUAUAUAUAAAGAAUUUGGUGCAAAGAUUAUAGUGGGUGGUCGUAAUAUCACUGAUGAUUACUACGCAAAGAAAUUGAGAGAAAAAGGUAAAGUUGUUGAAGGUGAAUUAGCUGAACCAGAAGAUGCUAUUCCUCCAAAAGGUACACCAUAUAAUCAAAAUCAAUUCGUUGCAUGGCAUGGUGCUUCAAGUGUAUAUCAUGGUCAAGUUGCACCAACUCCUCAACUGGAAUCAUUAGAAAUGAAAUCAAUGAAAGCACUCAAAUCAACUAAUCAUAUCAACGAAGAAAAUUGGAUGUAUCAACAUGCAGUUGCUGUUAGACAAUUUGAUUCAAGUUUAUUACAAGGACGUCAAAUUUUAUCUAAAGGGCUAAAAGAUCCUUACACUGGUAUUGUUUUCGUGCCUGAAUUAACUCAACCAAACCGUGUUCAAUUCAAAAAAAUCAUUGAUCCAAGGGAAGAAGAUGAUGGUUCAAAAAAGAAAUUGAUUUAUGAAACCAUUGUAAAGACUGAUAACUUGGCUAAACAUACAGGGUUGAAGAAUGUUCCACUAGAAAUUUUCGAUGGUGUCGUUAGUGAAGAAGUCAAACAGGCCAUUUUACAGCAACAAAAAUAUGAGGAAUUGAGUUAA